AUGGUAAGGUGGUCGCCGCCGCCGCCGCGGGACGUCGAGCUUUUCCCCUUCCCCUCUCUGGGCGGCCACGACCCCGUCUCGCUGUCCCUGUUCGUGGCGUGCGUCGCGGCCACCGUGGCGAUCGCCUCGACCAUGUGCUCGGCGUGCGGCCGCAAGCCCAAGGCGGUCAGCCAGGAGCCCGCCGCGGACGCCCAGGCCUCCGACGCCUCCGGGAGCCAGGGCGGCGCGGAAGGGGAGGAGGAGGUGGUGACGCUGCCGCCGCAGCUGGCCACGCACGGGCCGAUCGAGCCGCCGCCGCUGCCCAAAACGACGUCGCGGCGGAAGCUGUCCGUGUCCAUGUCCAUGGGCGUGGGCAAGAGCAUGUCCAUGAACGUGGGCAAGAGCCUCGCCAACAUCCCGGACAAGAUGAAGCUGAGCAAGCUGGAGCCGCGCCACAAGGAAAAGGACGACCCCGAGGACACGCUGUGGAAGAAGUCCAUCAUCCUGGGCGGGAAGUGCAAGAUCCCCGGGGAGAGGGACGCCGAGGCCGCCGACCCCGACGCGGCCGCCGACGCCGCGGACGAGAUGACCGUCGGCGCCUUCCGCCGGUCCAGCUACUCCCGGCCCGUGUCCCGGUCCAACUCCUUCUCCGUCCACCAGCCCCUGCCCGAGCCUCCCCCAAUGCAAUCCUACUAUAAAUCGUGAGCAAGGAAGCUGCAUGCAGUGCAUACAUACAUACGUCGUGCGUAGGAGGAAGAAGCUGUCUGCUAUGCUAGUGGUGAUGAAGGGCUGCAUCCAUCGUGGGCGUACGUGCAUUUGAUCAUCUUCUUGUUUUUGGCGGAUUUCGAGAUGAAUGCAUGGGUGAUCGGUUGAUCUUUCGAACAAGUGAGGGGGGGUGCGGAUUGUGUUGGUGAUAAUUACAUUACAUAUUCUAUAUUUUCUGGCUGCAAAUGUUGAUCAUCCUAAUAAACACAAUAAG